UCCCGCCUCGCUGGUAUCAGCGGGGCUCGAGGAGCCGGGCGGCGCCGCAGUGAAAAGGGCCGAACGCCAGGGCGGGCGGCGGGCGGUGUGGGCCGCUGGACCCGCGGCGGGCUUCGGCGAGGCGGCAGCGCGGGCCUGAGGCGAUCGGCACCGGGCAGGCCCCCGCCGGGCAAACUGCCCAGCGCUCUGCCGGGCGCGGGGAGUAAAGGGGGUUCGGAUAGGGAAGAUCCCUUUGUGAAGCGCCUGUCGAACUGCCUUGGGUGCGGCUGAGCCGUGUGACAGCACGUCUCCGCUGAGCAGACCGCGGCGCAGGUGGGUGAAGAUGUCGAGAUUUGGCGUAAACAACACAACAGAAAGAAAAUGACCCACUGGUUUCAUCGCAACCCUUUGAAGGCUACAGCUCCCGUUUCAUUUAAUUUUUAUGGGGUAGCUACCACUCCAGCUGCUGCGAAGGUUUGCAAUGAUAUGAGGUUAGCUCGAACACGACUCUUGGAGCUGUUUACAGACUCAAGUUGUAAUCCAGAAAUGAUGAAGAACGCAACUGACUUGUACUUCUCACUCUUGCAAGGCUUUAUCCUUUCCCUGGAUGACUCUUCCCAAGAAUGCAAAUUGAGAUAUAUUCAGAAUUUCAAGUGGACAGACACAUUACAGGGACAAGUUCCAAGUGCCCAGCAGGAUGCAGUGUUUGAGCUGGUUUCCAUGGGAUUUAAUGUAGCUCUGUGGUACACAAAAUAUGCAUCGCGACUUGCUGGAAAAGAAGAUAUAACAGAAGAUGAAGCAAAAGAUGUUCACAGAAGCCUAAAGAUAGCAGCUGGGAUAUUUAAACACUUGAAGGAAAGUCACAUUCCAAAACUGAUUACACCUGUAGAAAAAGGAAGAGAUUUAGAAGCUCGACUUAUAGACUCUUACAUCGUACAGUGCCAAGCUGAAGCUCAAGAAGUGACAAUUGCUCGGGCUAUUGAGCUGAAACACAAUCCAGGACUAAUAGCUGCUCUUGCUUACGAAACAGCUAACUUCUACCAAAAAGCUGAUCAAACAUUAUCCAGUUUGGAUCCAACCUAUGCAGGUAAAUGGAGGAAGUAUUUAAACUUGAAGACCUGUUUCUACAUGGCUUAUGCAUACUGUUACCAUGGUCAAACUUUACUGGCGAGUGAUAAAUGUGGGGAAGCAAUCAGAUCUCUGCAGGAAUCAGAAAAAUUUUUUGCCAAGGCUGAAGCAUUGUGCAAAGAAUAUGGAGAAACCAAAGGACCUGGGACUACUGCCAAACCUUCUGGACAUCUCUUCUUUAGGAAAUUAGGAAGUUUGAUUAAGAACACAUUAGAAAAAUGCCAGAGAGAGAACGGAUUCAUCUAUUUUCAAAAGGUGCCAGCAGAGGCUCCCCAGCUGGAACUGAAAGCAAACUAUGGCUUAGUAGAGCCUGUUCCUUUUGAAUUUCCUGCCUUGAACGCACACUGGACUCCUGAAACACUUGCUGCAUUUGAUCUCACCAAGAAGCCAAAGGAUGACACUGCUAAACCAAAACCAGAUGAAGAAGUAAAACCUCUGAAGGAACCAGAUAUAAAGCCUCAAAAAGACAGUGGAUGCCAGAUUUCUUAAGAGCCAUAAGUGCUUUGAAUUCACUUUGAAACUCUAUUAAUUGGACUCUGGGGCUUUAGUUCUAAUCUCCGUCUUUCUGAUUUUUCUUUUUUAAUUUAGAAGACUAAUUUAAUUUACUUUUGUUAGUAUGCAUCUAUCUCGCUUGAGAAUGUGGUGGAUUUCUAAGAGUUUAUUUAUAUCUGACUUAUUUUUGGUUUUAGUGCGAUAUCAUAGAAUGAGUGGGUUUAAAUGUUCCUAUUGUGCCUCUAGAGAGCCACUUUUUGUGGGUUUAGUUUCUAUCCACAAAUAGCAAAGGAUGUAUCAUGAUUGUAACACUUAAGGAUUUUUCCAUUAAAUUAUCUGCUACAUAAUGUCUAAUUCUGCAAACAAAAGUUUGCAUGAAAAGUUAUAUUUAUUCAGGUUUUGUCAUUCAGACUUAACACCCUGUUGUGUUCUGAUUCACUUAAUUGUAGUGAGUGAAGAAAAUCUGAGUUUGGUUUGUAACACCCCGAUAGUAUUUCAUGGGACUUUCACGGAACUUGGAAAACCUUAAGUUCUGCAUAACUGGAGCACAAUUUAUAUUCUUCUGAAAGGAUUAGCCUCUGUUCUUUCCUCUAUAGGAUUCUUGUAUCUGAAUUUGUAGUAGAGUACUUUAGCUUGUCUGUCCUUAAAUUAAAAUCCUUUAAUAUCAAAGGUGUAUGUGAAAGUGAUGCAGCAAGUAGUAUGAAAGUGCUUAAAAGUAAUGCAUCACGGUGUCAUUCAUUCAAGGUUUUUGAAUCUUGAAAGAUUUGAUAAGCUUGAAAACUACAGACAAUUAAAAUCUCCUGGCACUAGAAUUUUAUGAAGUUGUCAUGCAUAAGGUAAUGGAAUUGUAAUUAAGAUCCUGUCUUUCCAUCUGGGUAGUGUCUGUAAGAAGCUAUUAAGACAACAGGGAGGAAAGGUGAGCUGCAGAGCUGAUGGGAAACCAAGCUCUACAUUUCCUUUAUGCUGUAUGUAGGCAGUGCCGUUUCUCAGCUUCUGCAGUAUUGCACUGAAAUCAGCUCCUUAGGAAGAGAACUUUCCAAAACCCAAGCCUAGUGAAAACUGAGAAAGUAUUUUGUAGAACUUGCUUCUUCCAUUUCUGCCUACUGUGGAAAACAUGAUAAUGUUCUUUAGCGCUAAGCACUUCAAAACACCCAUGUCAACAACAACAACAUAGCUUUACGAUUUGCUGCAAAUGCAAAAGAAUAUAAUGGAUGUGUUGAAGUGAGGGCCUUGCAGUCUCUGGGGAUAAGUUGCUGCACUUCCCUUUACCUGAGAAAGAAACUGAAGAAUCUGAAAAUGUUCCCAUUUCAAAAAAACACGAUAGCAUAUGCACUUACCAUGAUGUAUACUGUAAACACAUUCUUCACUUUGUAUUGUUUGGAUCAGUUCAUCUUCCAUGUAAUUCAGUGCUUCUGUUUGAAAUCUUUCAUGGGACUUUGAGUAACUUAGCUAAAAGGGCAGGUGUCUAGCUCCUUGAAGACCUGUGGAACAAAAGCUGUUGAGGAGAUUAAUAGGAAACUCAAGACUUUUCCUGAGGUACUGGCCAAACUACAGAAUUCAUUGCUGCAAAAGGCAAGAGGGUCUUAAUGCUGGCUGUCAUGGGUGAAUCAAAUGCAGAACUCAUUGCUUCCAGUGAUAGAUUUUUAUUUCAGUCAGUUCUGCACACAAAAAUAAGUGUGAAAUCAGCUGAAUUGCUUUGGAAGAAGUUACUGUUCUGCAAGGGCUUAGGUGGGUAGAGGAUAAUGAAUAUCAAGAAGAAUUUAUAUCUACAUUUAGUCCAUUUCUUCUGAUGCUGCACAAGAGCCUUUGGUGUGUUUUUUGACGUUACUGAGAUCUGUUCGUAACUUGAUCAGCUGAAUUUUUAGACUUCUUUCAUUGUUAAAAGACCAGUUUAGAUUUUGCCAGAAUGGAGCAUGAAGCUACUUUACUUAUACGGGUUUUAAUUGUAAAAACUUACUACAGCUGUAGUCAUCUGCUUGCCCCCUUUAAGGAUCAAGAUGCAGUUAACUCAGUUUCAUAAUCAUGAAUUUUUAGUUACUCAUUGUUUUUCAGAUGCCUGUGUGUUAAUAUGUGCACAUCUCAACCUAAUUAAUUUUCUUUCUAUGCAGACUACAUUCCAUUUUCCCUCGUCCCCUCAUUUUCUCCUUUGUCUGCUACGCACUGUGGCACAGACUUGCCCUUGUUUGAUAAUGCAUGUGUGGGUCCUGGGACUCAUUUCCAAUGAGGCUUUUGCCCAUGGGUGUAUUUCAAGAUAUGAAUAUCUUAAAAUCAGAUGAACAGAUCAUGACUAAAUCAUUCCCAAAAAACUUCUUAGGAAAGAUUAUUUUAUGGACUUGCAAUUCUUUGGACGCUUUCUUGAACCGAGUGGUUUGUUUGAAUCAAGUUCACUGUAAAUAGUUUGGGGCAUAACCAAGUGGAUUGUCUCAGAUUAUGGCAUUACUUAAGCCUAGCUGUGUAACCUCUUAUGCCAUAGCUGUUUCAGUAAAUAUGAUGUAGUAGUUUAAAAAUAGACUAAUGGAACAAACUAAUUCACUUAACACGUGUUGCUUUUCAAGACAAACAUUAUUUACUUGUAGUUUAAAUCCUGUGGCAAACAUUGCAUAGUUCUGCCCAAAAAUAAGAAACUAGAGACUGUUUAGUUUGCAAAGUAUACGAGCUGUGAGUCAAUGAGCGGUUUUAAAACUCUUUUGAUUUUUGUUGGGUAGUAGCAAGAAUUAUUGUAAAUAGUAAGUUGAUUAACUGUCCAGUAUGCUUAAGAAUAUGGGUGAAUUGACUGGGAGUUUCAGUUAAUCUGGAAACCUAGCAGCCAUGUUCCUUCUAUUACAAUUUCCAUGUGUAAAUUUUAAUAAUGAGGUAUUUUGAAUGGUGACUUUUUAAUACUCUAAUGCUGCAAGAGCCUGGUUUUGUGUUGUCUCUCUGGUUUUAGAGGCUCUCAUGGCUAAACCUGCAAAUCUUGUUGGUGUAAAUAGUCUUCAAAAAUUUGUGCCCAGUCUGAACCAGGACAAAACUGCAGCUAAAUAAAAUAUGGAGUGCUGGGCCCUCUAUUUUAUGUUUUUAAAAUGCAGUGAUUGUCUUUAAUCUACUAUAAAACAAACCAUUAAGCUCUUUGUAAUAUUUCUGUUUAAAUACCUUCCUCCAUGUUUCAUGUUCCUGGGUUUACAGUAGUUAAUCUCCAUCCAGCAUGUGACACUCCUACAACCAAGGGACUAAAUUUGGCCCUUGGAUGCUGAUGUCUGCCUCUGACUGGAUUUGGUAGAGGAGUUUUUCUUGUCAGCCUAAGGAUAACGCUUGGUCAAUUAAAUGUUCAGCAUGGAUAUGUAGUGUGUCUGUAAUGAUGGUAGUGGUUUAUACUGUAAGCAAGAAAACAGAUCCCUGUAUCUCUGUAGAGUAUAGCCACCUUUGCACUUUAGAAAUUUCUGAUCUUGCAAUUUCGGUACAAUACAAUAUGGUUGUAAAUAUUCCUUCCUGCCAUUUUAAUUUUGUUGCACUGAUUUCAGUACUGUGCUAUUGGUGAGGAGACUACUAAGAUGUAUUUUUAAUUGUCUGUGUGUAAAACAAACUCAUGAAGCAUAUCUCUACCUUUAGCAUUGGGGAACAUGAGAGGAGGCAGUAGUUCAUCUGCCUUCCAUGUCAGUUCAGAGAAAUGAAAAUUUUCUGCCUAUUGGCUGAGGGUCAAUAAGUUUCAUCCCAUCCUUGCAUCUAGUAUCUAAACUGAAGUUUCAGCAUUAACAUAAAUCCUGUUCAUGCCUAUUAAUUAUCCCUAAAACAAAAAAAUCUAUUUCUGAAGAUCAUUGCCAGAUUAUCAUAGCAGCAUAAUCUGGUUUGGAUUGUUGUUUUUUUUUUUUUUCCUUUUUCCCUAACUGGCCCAGUUGAGUGAGGAAUAAAGCACAGUGAGUAUGACUGGCAUGGAAAAGCCUCUGCAGUGGGUAACUGUCUCCAGAUUUUGAGUGCAGUGUAAAGGUUUUUCCACAGUGACUGUUGGUUUCACUCAGAUCUUUCCCCGCUGGUGAUGCUCUCAAAUUCAACAAAUGUCACAUGGUAACUGAGGGGGCUCUUGAUUAGCUUUUUAUGUAGGAAGGCCUACCUCCUUCGGUGUUGGUGCCUUCAUGGAUUACAACCUUCUGCAGCCAUCCUGUACAUGGAAUAAUCCUACUGCAAUGGAAUCAGCUCUGAUAAGAUUGACCGACCAGCCUUAUUUCAUGAAGACAGUCACCAUGCAAUCUUAAGCUUCAUAGUUUGAAAAUUUGUAUAUAACCACGAGUUUCAGAAUACCAUUUAAAAUAAAAAAUUUAAUGUAU